CAGUCUUCGAUCCUCGACAUUGACAUCCCAAACGAUCGCGCCAACAAUGCCCCCCGCCGCCCACGCGCAGCCGGGGCAAGCCUAUGCCUCGGACUCGCCAUCACAGCAGGCGGCCGAGAUGAGUGUCGUGCUGUGCACCGCCGGAUACGACCAUACGAUCCGAUUUUGGGAGGCGUGGAGCGGUAUCUGCUAUCGCCAGAUUCCGCUUCAACCACAAUGGAAACAAGUGAACCGUCUCGCGAUCAGCCCAGACAAAAUGUAUCUCGCCGCGGCAGGCAACGCUGUGGGCAAUACGGCAGUACGGAUAUGGGACAUCCCCUCGCUAUCAAAUACGCCGGUAAUGACGCUGGACGGACACACAGGCAACGUGACGGCACUGCAAUACUCUGCACAGGGCAAGUGGAUCGUAACGGGCUCCGAAGACGGGACAGUCAAGGUGUGGGAUACAAGAACUGGGCAGGUGCAGCGCACCUACAAGCACGAGGGGACAAUGGUAAACGAUGUGGUGAUCCAUCCCAACCAGGGCGAGCUUAUCAGCUGCGACCAGGUGGGCAGUGUCAAGAUCUGGGACUUGGGCGAGAACACGUGUACGCAUGAGCUUGUGCCGGCCGAAGACGUGCCCAUCCGCUCCGUGAGCAUUGCAAGCGACGGCGGGACGCUGGUAGCUGGCAAUAAUCUGGGGACGGUGUUCGUCUGGCGCAUUCAGAGUGGCAGCGAGACACCUUCCCUCGUCCCCGUAACCUCGUUUCUCGCCCACUCCAAGUAUAUCACCCGCUGUCUUCUUUCGCCCGAUACACGCUUCCUCGCCACAUGCUCCGCCGACACAACAGUCAAGCUCUGGAGCACAAAGGACUACGAGUACACGCUGGAUCGCACGCUUGAGGGACACCAGCGCUGGGUGUGGGACGCUGCAUUCUCCGCAGAUUCGGCGUACCUCGUCACCGCGUCCAGCGACCACGCGGCGCGGCUCUGGGAUCUCGCGACUGGUGAGACGGUCCGGCAGUAUGAAGGACAUCAUCGCGCGGCCACAUCUGUGGCGCUCAACGAUAUCAAUCUCACGUAGAUGGCUCGAGGUGUACGGCAGUUGUAGGAGAGCAUGCC